AUACAAUGUAUCCCUUAUUCCCGUAACUGGGUUAAAGACUAUAAAGUAAAGCUGUUUGAAAAAUGAAUGUAAAUAAUCAAGAUUAAAAUGAUCAUUAUAUAUUUGUUUUGAUUGUUAUUUGAUUGUUAUUGAAGUGUAUUUUCAUUUACCAUGAAUGAUGACAUUGAAAAGAUUGUUAAUGACCUAAAAGCUCGUGGAGUAUUUGAUGAAUUUCGGAAAGAAUGCCUUUCAGCUGUUGACACAAGGCCAGCUUUCGAAAAUCUAAGACAAAAAAUUGAUGGUAAAGUGAAAAACUAUCUGGAAAGCUUAACCUGGGAUGCAUCAUUAAAUAGAAAUCAACUUAGAGAAAAAUUGAGAAGAUCACUCACUGAGUCUGAUAAUGUUAUUGCUACAAUUCAACAUCUUGUAGACCAAGUUAUCGCUCAGAAAGCAACAACAUACAUGUUAAGUCGGAUAGAUUCGCAUGUUCAAGAUUAUCUUGGAAUCAAGGUAGAAGAACCUGUUACUAAAGAAGAACAGAUAGUUUGGCCUGGAAAUGAAACUCCACCAGCCAAAAAGGAACCAAAGGACGAUAAAUCAUUGUGGAUUUCAGACAAUUGGAAUGAAGUUAAACCAGAAAAAAAACAAAUCCCUUCACUGUCACCAUCACUGGUCUCAUCGCACUCAUUGUCACCACCAACCUCAGGACCAUCUGAUAAUGAGAGUGACGACUCUAUUCCUCCUGCACCCAGUCCAACAUCUCUUAUAUCAGGAGAAGAUAGUAAUUCUCCGCAUUUCUUUGAAGAAAACACAUCUAAAUCACCCGAAAAUAAAUCAAAAUCUCCAGAUAAUAAAUCUAAAUCUCAAGCCAAUAUAUAUGGACACAUAAGUAAAGAAGGUAAACAAAGUACUGAUGAACAAAGAGCAGUACCUAUUGAUUGGGGUACCUCAACUUCACCUCCUCCUGAGCGUCCAUUUGCCCACUUAGGAUCAUCUACAACUCCUUCUUCAGAAAUCAAUGACAAGGCGACUCUAAUUAAGAAUGAGCCCAAAUCUCCAGAACCAUCUUUAUCAGUGUCUUAUCCUUCAUUGUCUAACAAAGAUGAAUCUAAAAAAGAAGAAAAGGAGACGAGAAAAGAAAACCAAGACAAAGAAAAGUCAAAAGGAAGUUCCGAGCCAGUCGCAACAGAUUUACUUUCUGAUGUUAGUUCAGCACAUACCAGUGACUUGUCUGAUUUUGAUGAUCCUAUGAGCAUAUCAAGUGUGGAAGAAGCUGAUGAAUUGAAAAGCAAGACAGGAAGCUCUGAAGAAAAGAUAGAAAAGACAGAAAAGACAGAAAAGGUAGAAAAAAUGGAAAAAGUAGCAAAAGUAGAAAAGGCAGUAAAAGUAGAAAAGGUAGAAAAAGUAGAAAAUAUACAAAAAUCAGAAAAGACAGAUAAUUUGGAAAAGGUAGUAAAGUUAGAAAAAAGUGGAAAAACGGAAAAAGUGGAAAGAACAGCAAAAAUGGUAAAAGUAGAAAAAGUCGGCGAUGUGCAAACCAAGAAAGAAAACGAUUCACCUUCUUGGGUUUGUGAUGAACUUAGUCAAAGCAAGAAAAAAACAAUCGCUCAGCCAACUCAACCAGCUCAACCAGCACAACCAGCUCAACCAGCCCAACCGAGCCAACCCGCAAAAACAGUGAAACAUGAAUUUGAAGUUAUUCGGUCUGCUCCGAAUGCUCCAGUUUUUGAUAUUCGAUUUCAAGAGAGGCCUAAGGGUUCAGUAAAAGAACUUAUGGCUACCCCCAAAAAAUCCGAAGAUCCCGAAAAGGAUGCUAAAUCGAAAACGGAAACAAAAACAGAAAAACCGUCUGAAAACGUUCAAAAACCUAAAUAUGUUAUUCCAAAGAUUAAAAAAGAACCAAAAGGUUCAAGGGAGUCAUCGCCAGCAAGUUCAAGGCACAAUCCUGAGGACUCCAAGUCAAGGAAAAGUCAAUCUAGUAACAAAAGAAAGAGUGAUACUUAUAGCUCACAGAGAUAUGACGAAGAUGAUCUCUAUAAGCCUCGUUAUUCAAUACCCGGAUCAAGAAGACAUCGGACGUCUAAUAACUAAUUUCAUCAAAUGCCUGUAGAAUCAGCAUUGCAUUAAAAAUUUGUGUUAUUUCUUCAAAAA